GCGUGAAGCUUCACUCUGAAGGAACGCCGUGGGGUACUGACUAGCGAAGCAACUAGAGAAAAGUCGGGACAAUUUUACCUCGAUUUGAACCUCAUAAUGCCAUAAUUCUGCGUGCCCGUCUCUCCGUUUUAUUCUGUAUUCCGUCAAGACUGAUAAAAUAAACUAUUACAUCAAACCAACCAAGCUUCACAAGUAGACUGAGGGCACACGGGAGUGGUAGGACGACCGCGGAAACCGUCUAUCAAUAGUAGGGUGGGAAUUAAAAGGUGCAUAAUAAGUGCAUUAUAUUUUGGGUGUGUUUCUAAAAUAAAGGACAGGAUUUUAGUGUCUCGGAAUAUUUUUGAUUUUUGUACCAACGGGGUUAGCUGUAUUGGACUGGAGCAAGACAAACCUGAACCCCACGGAUGUCGUUAGUUGACAGACACACAGCUGGAAUUUAGCAGCACCUAUGGAUUAACAAGCAACCGUAACACCUUUGGAGGGCGUGAGGUGCGCGGAGGGAGCGGAUCAGCAGGAUGAGUGAUCGAUGCAGACAGAAAGCAACCAGAGGUGCUCUACUUCUAAUGGUCUGCAUGGUAACUCUCUUGGAGAUGCCCUUGCCAACAGACAGCCACAGAGUGCACCAUGUCAGGACCGGGACCUGUGAGGUGGUGGCCUUGCAUCGGUGCUGCAAUAAGAACAAAAUAGAGGAACGCUCCCAAACUGUCAAGUGUUCAUGCUUCCCUGGACAAGUGGCCGGGACAACCAGGGCAGCCCCAUCCUGCGUAGAUGCCUCCAUAGUGGAGCAGAAGUGGUGGUGCCAGAUGAACCCUUGUCUGGACGGAGAGGAGUGCAAAGUUCUGCCCGAUCUAAAAGGAUGGAGCUGCGCUACGGGGAACAAGAUCAAGACCACCAAGUUAAUUAUUUAGACUGGCCCCACCACACCUGCCUGGUGCCUGGUCCUAUUGAUCCGGGGAGAAGUCGGGACCUCGGGACGGAGCGUUUCAUUUUGGUGGCUACACCACUGCGCUAUCAAUGGAUUGAUCAACCGUUUCAAACCACAUGCACGUGUUAAUUUCUUUUCUUAUGAAAUCUAAAACCACCCCCCCCCCCCUCUCCACUCUCUCUUUUCUGUUAUCGUUGAAAACAUGGAACGCCGGAAAGAUUUCAUCCGACCGGGAUCAGCUUUGGUAACCAUUGGUGCCAUGAAGCUGGAUUAAGGUGGACCACUAGGCGUUUGCAGGAGAGAUCUCAGAGAGUCUCUGGUGCACCUGUGGAACACCACCAGGGACUUCUGAGAUGAUGCUGAAUACCUUACUGUAAAUAGACACUUGCUUCACUGAGGACUUGGAUCUUGGAGAAAGACUUGAAAGCACAGGUUAACAGGUAGAGACAUCUGGAAGAGAAGAGAGUGAACUUUGGGACUUUUGAUUUUUAAAAGCCAACUGUGGUUGACAAGAAGUGUUUUUAUUCUCUAGCGUUGUACUGCUUGUAGUUGACUACAAUGGUGACUUUUGCCUAAAUAUCAUUUGUAAAGUACGUUUUUUUGGGUGGGAUAUGUAUUUGCUCUGAAUAUACGAUAUAUUCCAAGUGUAACAGGGUGAAUUUGACAGAAAAUCCAGUAUUUUAGCAAGAUCAAGUAUAAGUAUAUCAAAGGGGAUUUUCUUUUGAUGAAAAGUUUAACAACCCCAAAUUUUAAACUGUAGUAGGAGAGCUUAAUAGAUACAAUUUGGUGAACUUUAAGUAUACUGUAUUUAGUGAAGAUGCAGGAUAAUUCUUAAAGGAUAACACAAACAGAUUUUCUUCAAUUCCAUAUUUUGUGAAGGACUAUCAGAAAAGCUAAAGCGCCUUCCUCUAGUUUUUGUCACAAGGAAACCUAACAUACCCUAAGUGAAACCAGACGCAAACACAUUCAAAUUAAGGGCUGGAGGUGGUAUAGUCCACUGUACCCUAUAAACAAAAAUGAAAGAACUUGACCUGAUUGCCCCAGCACAGAUACUCUAGGGUGUGAUUGUGUAUAGUGCCCCACUGUCUCCAGAUAUUAGCCAGGUCCAUUACUGCAUAAGAUUCAUUUGCACAUGCUUCACUUUAACAUCAGAGGAUCCUUUUAUGAAUGUAGAACCACAGAAAGAGGAAGCUAACGCUCCAGGGAACCCAGAGAAAUGCUGAACAUAUCGGCUAUCUGAACACCGACUCUAAAUCACGACUGUCAGAGGGCGGGUCAUCAGCAGCAGAGAAUGGGCUCUCUAAUUCCUCCAUCUGCAAGUAUUGUUCUGUGAGAAACACAGCAUUUUUAGAGUAGAGCUAUUCAGCGGUCAGAUAAUAUCUGCCACAAACAUAAGUGGGAUGGAAGUGGCUGAGUACUCUUAUAAACCUGCUCCUGUCCUUCUGAAAAUCACCCUGUCAAAUCCGGUCGGCUGCGUCAAUUUGUCUCUGCUGUGUUGAGCCGUGAGUCCGAUCUGGAUGGCCAUGUAAAGUUUAUGUAAAUGUAUGCAAGCUGAAAUACAUUCAUUCGUUUUCAACAGCACUAGCGGAGUGGCUGUGAUUUAUUUUCUUUCUUCACCCCCCCCUCCCUCCCAAAGAUGAUUUAUUUUCAGUCAGAUUGAUAUAUUUGAUUUGCUGAUGAUAACUUUCCAACAGGUAUUGCUGAAGCUUACUCUGUCUGUGCAAGUGAUAACAUCGAAUAAUAAACUAUGGUUGUGUA